CAGAUGUGCUGGGUCUGGAGAGUCUGAUUUAUUUCUCAAUGGAAAGCAGUGCAAUUUUUAGAUUUUUAUUUCUCCUUUUCUGCGUAAGAUUUUCAGCAUCUAUGGACCAAAUAGCUGGAAGAAUGGAAAGGAGUUUGUUUGUAUUCUCGGAUCAAGAUCUACUCCAGAGAAAUGGUCGACGAUAUGAUGGCAGUGUGAAGCCCAAAGUUAAUUUACAACAUGUAGCAAUAACACAGAUUGGCAAUUACAAUGUAAGCACUAAAGAGAAUUUGGAGAAAGAAUCUAUGAUUCACAGCCACUACAGUCCACUGAAUAUCACCAUUAAUGGAAGCCCCUGUAUUCUAUUCUGGGCCAGAAGGAUCAUGAUUAAGUUUCAGAACUACACUCAGCUGGAUCUAACAGACAAAACAUUUGGUGUUCAUGCAUCGGUGGAUGUUGCUGAUUCAAAUUGCAGUGAAGAAAAUGCAAUGCUUUCACUUAAUUUUGGUGAUAUUGACAAUUUGAAAGGAUUUGUUAUCAGAUUCAUUCUGACAAACAAUUAUUACAAGCUCUCCAUUCAAAAUUGGUUUACCUUACACAGAAUCCAGCUUAUUUAUAAUCAGUCUGUACAAGCAACAUUCAAUGCGACACGAAUACAUGCACCAGCAAUCUAUUCUUACCACUGUGAACAUGUCAGCAACUUGCAGAGAUACGAUGCACUGCUAACACCCAGUUCUGCAAAUGAUGCAGCCAAGCACUGGGAAGUUACUUUUUUUGACUUUCAGAUUCAAGGAUUUAACAUUGAAGAUGGACAGUUUGCUUAUGCAAAAGAUUGUGCUUCCCUCUUCCCACCAGCCAUUCUAAUGGGUCUAGUGAUGUCUCUGAUACUGCUUCUUGUUUUAGCUUAUGCUCUUCACAUGUUGAUGCACUUAAAAUCCAUUGACAGACAUUAUGAAUGCAAAGCAUCUUCUGCUUAUUAUCCACAGAUGAAAAAUAUUGAUACAGCAGAUGAAAAAGAGCCCCUGAGAAUCAAUGGGCAUGAAACCUAUGAACUUAGAAGCCAACAAUAUUCUAAAAUCUAUAUCUAACCAUUAUUCUGGGUGGCUGUUCUCAUCCCAUGGUUAGACAACAAAGUGCUUCAAGGAACCUUUGCAUCUAUGACCUCACAACACUACUGAAACAGAAUGUUGCAACUUUAAUUUAAAUCAAACAAUUUCAAGUUCUCGUGAUUUUGUAGAGAUAAAAGUAGAAGUGCUACAGUGAAGUGCUUCAUUACUCAUAAAAUCCAAAAACAAAUCAUAUGAGUGAGUUUGUUAAGUUUGUCAAUAUCUAAUACAAAAGCAACUUUUUAAAAGGAGAUGUUUCAAGGUCAGGAAUGUUUCUAGAAUAAUAAUAUUGGCUGUGUGAUUAAUUGCCUGGAAUUUAUCUAAGAAGGUGGAAUUUGCUGCUGUUCUAAAGCUGCCAAAAUUUUCUUCCCGAUGAAAAUAAAAUGUAACAGCCAAAGAUGCAUAGCAAAAAAAGGUCAGUUCUUCAGAUGUGGUUUACCAACAACAUCAUGUUCCUUCUGCCAUAACCCUCAAGAUUCUUAAACAAGCGUUUCCCAUUCUGCAAUAUCCAAAUGAUUUCUCUUUUGGUGUAGCAAAGAACAUUUUAACUGCUAUUGAGCUGAAAAGUGACUAUGUGCAUCUUAAUCAUUGUGUCUGGUUGCAGUGUGAAAUGCAAAUGCCAACCAAACAGCAACCAUCUAUGGCUUCUGAAGAUAUUAUGUGAAUUUUGUCAGUUAUAUCUCAGUGUUAUACAGAUUUGCUGUGGAUAACUUAUCUUGUGAUGCUUUUGUGCCUUGGCACUGAACAUUGUUCACUUUGGUUGUAUUUCAUUGAAAUUAUAAACAGUUUUUGAUGUUACAUUCUUCUAAUAUUGAACUAAUUUUUAUGACAUGAUUUCUCUGAUAAAUGAUCAAAGAAUACCAGGCUGUUGGCAUUAAUUUCAAAACAUGUCAUUCAGAAUAAGAUAAAAGAAAAGAAAUCGCAGUCGGAAGGAAAAAUUUAGUGUAGCAAACAUUGCCUCUGAUACUGCAAAAGUAUGAGUGUUGUCUUCAGUUUUAAUUCCCAAAGCCUUGAGAAUCACAUUUAAUAAUGACAUUUUUGAAGAAACCGAACAAUUGUUCAAAGGCACCAGGAUGCCUCUGGUCUCCUGUAACCGUAUAAAAAGAAUCUAUUG